UUCAAUUUCACGAAUGCAGUGGAAGACGUUCCGAAUGUUAGCACCGGAAGCGGAAGUUCACCCAACACCAAUCCCGAGGGACUUCAUGACGUACUUGCCGAUGAAAUAGCAGUUCUACUAAAUUCCUCGGUUUCGGAAAAAACGAAACAAAUUUAUAACCAAGCUAUAAAUGCAUUCAAGAACUUUCGCUGUUUGCAUGAACUACCGGGUGUGUGGCCCCCGCCGGUGGAUCAUAUGGUUAAUUUUAUAGGUUAUCUCUCACUCAAAAAGUUCGCAUUUGCUACAGUUAACUCCUAUUUAUCCGGCAUUUCGUUUUUCUUAAAGAUGAAUGGUAUACCGGAUAAUACACAAUCAUUUAUAGUAAAAAAGAUGUUAUGUGGAAUGCGACGCAUCCGAUCAAAAAAGGAUUUGCGUGUUCCAAUAACGCUACAGGUGCUUCUUCGCUUCCCAAUGAAAGUUGCAUAUUCAAACUAUGAAUCAAUAUUGUACAUAACGGCCUUUGUUUGUGCAUUUUUUGGUUUUCUGCGGGUAGGCGAAAUAGCCGUUGACACAAAGAAAUCAGACACCAAUAGAGUCGUUCAGUUAGGAGACCUUAGAUUUUCGGAGAACGAAUGUUUUUUAACAAUAAGAUUUUCCAAAACCGAUCAGUUUGGGUCGUCGGUAACACUGACAUUUUGUGUAUCACAUUACCCUGAGAUAUGUCCCUAUAUACUACUUCGCCAUUACAUUACUUUACGCCCUCAAAUAGACGGUCCUCUAUUUUGCCAUUUCAGUGGGCAACCAAUGACUAAAUAUCAGUUCCGUUUCAUGCUUCGCAAAUGUUUAAAUUUUCCUCAACAUUGACUCAAUAUAAAAAGCCAUUCAUUUCGUAUUGGCGCGGCUACCACAGCUUCUCAAUUAAAUAUCUCUGACGAUAUUAUAAUGCAAAUGGGUAGGUGGUCUUCGAAAUCCAGGGCUUAUAAGAGAUACAUUAGGUUAGAUAAGAUAAUUCCAUAAAAAAAUUAU